GUGAUUUAUUGUCAAUGAAGUGAUUAUGAAACACUGCGUGUGGGCUAGCUGGACAAAUAUAUUGACCAGUUUGUCAUGGGUUGUUACUUUACGUUAAAUACUGCUGUGCUGCAUUGCCAAUUGCAGAAAUACACAACUAUGGUUGCAACAACAAUUAAAGAGAUUCAGUUAAUUUUAGGGAGUUUUCAAUGUUAUUUCAAAUUGCAAUUAUUACAUGUUAAGCAAUAUGUUCCUGUGAGUUGAUUAUAGUGAAUGUUACGAAAAAAUGUUUAUUUAACUGUGGGUUGUAUAGACUUGAAAAGUGAUUGUCCUGUGCAUCUGUACAGGCUGGUUUUUCCUUUGGAGGGGUUAGUUGGAGAGAGCCUCACCUGCUGCCAUCUGCUUCAACAGAGACUGGAUUGCCCAUCCCGGACCAUUUUCUUUUCUUUUUUUUUUUGGACAUACUCAGUUGAGAGGGCAGUAGGGCUUGAGUGCACUCAUAUUAUUUUGAACUUUUGGACAUUGGGUUUUAUAUUAUUUCAUUCCUGAGAUCUCAGAGGAAUUUUUGUUCUUAUACUGUUGAGUUAUCUGUGUAUAAAAGAAAAAAACUGAUGGACAUUUAAGUUGUUUAUGGGUGACCAUUGUCAAUACAUUUUAAAUUAUUGCUAGUUCUUUGUCAUGUGUGUUAUUUGGGUGGAUGUCUAACCAUCGCUUGGGUAAAUAAGUUACAAACUCCUCAUUGAACCUAGAAUAGAUAUUCCUUCCAUGUUGCUGUGUUGCAUAACCACAACGUAGGGGUUACAUAUGCAUGAAUGUUUUUAGUUCUUGAGAGCCGAAGGAGAAUUUCCACCACAGUGGACAAUAAAGUUCUAUUCUAUUCUAAAACAGGAACGGGUGUUCCGCACUAUCACGUUUCUUCUGGCGAUGAGGGUUUCUGAAACAUCUCAGGCAAGAUACCCAAAAGGAGAGGGCUUCCGGUGUGUCCUGGGUACCCGAGGCCCCGUACACUGUAGCUGGGUAUGAAACAAAGGUAUUUUUCUACAGUGUGGCCUAUCAUCUACAAGGAAGUGGAUAAAACCAGUACCAAAAGAUAUUCUUUCAAAUACUCAAACAAAAUUGGAUACUUGCAAAUUAUUUGUUCUCAGCAUUUGCUUGAAGAGGUUUUGCAACCCGUGUUUACACACUUUCUUGUUUUUACAAGCUCAACUUUAGAAGACCACAGGUGAAGGAUGAUGGUUAUUUCCCACCAUUUAAUUAUCCUAACAAAUAUCUUUUGGUAAAGAUGUUGAAGAUUUGGGGAACUACUGCCACCAACAGGCUUGGCAUGCCUAUGAAUGUGCUUCACAAUGCACUAGAGCUUUUGCUGAAAACGGUGGUGUUUAUUUCCUAGAUGAGCGGGGGAUGAUGUUCAGUUUAACAAAAACCCAGUGUGUGCACAGCCUAUAGCUGACCGUUGCCUUCAGACAGAAAUAUGUGUUUUUAAGCUUUCUUAAAAGAGGUGGGUGUGCUUUGCCAGGAAAUUAGGUAUGAAUUUAUGAGGAAAUUAGCUGCUUUCAUUGAGAGUUUGAGCUUGAACUAAUAUUUAUUACCUCUCUAUAGCAUAAAGGGAUUUUCUAUACACAUGGGUGUGCCUGUGAAUCCAUGCACAUCACAUAAUCACAUUAUCAUUAUUCAUCAGAAUCACACAAUGGGAGCUGAAGCAGCCCUGACCAGCUUGAUCUUUGCUGUAAUGGGAACCAGCCGGCUGUCGUUUAUACUUUUGUUUUCUUUCCUGCAUUUUUGAAGCUCCCACUUUUUCCAUGAGGCAGUCAUUUUCAAGGCUGAGGUGAAACCAGACGCCCAGGAGAACUUAUGGUAAAGAUCCAGGAACAACACAAACACAUUUCCGACAUCCCUCACCUUCCCAGGUCGCUCUUUCCUUCUCUGGGACUGUUCCUGGGAAGGUAAACACCUUUUCAGUGAGUCAGAAGUGGAACUUUGUUCUGCUGCCAUGGCAUUUUCUUCAUCUGGCUCCAUUUUCUGUCCGUCCCUCCUCUUCUUCUCCUCCCCUCCCAUUCUUUCCUGUUACAUCUGGAACCCAGCUUCUGCUGUAUUCAUGUGGUCUGUUUUGCUUCAUUUUUUCCAAAGUAUUAUUUAAAAGUUCUUUACCUUGUCUUGUUGGCAUUUUCUUUCCAUCUGAUGAGGCCUGCAAUUACGUCUCACCAUAACAGGUCACUCUGCAAUUACACGCUCAACCACAGAGUCGUACCCCCUCCUCUGAACUGCUCCGCUGCUCAUAUGGCAGACCGAAAUAGAAUAGUUUCAUGUCUGUUUGGAUGGCAGCCCAGUCAAAACUAUGCUUGCCUGUUUGAGUGACAGUGGGAUGUGGACUUUUCCUCCUUAAGAACAACCCAUAAGCCCAGUUAGGUUGAGACUCUGAGCAGUCUCACUCCAGAAAGCUUUGGCGGUGGUUGUAAGAGCUGGUCUCUAAGACGAGACGCAAAGAGGGAUCAAGACUAGGCCAGCCAAUGAAAGAGAGCAGAGGGACGCAACGCAAGAACCACACACUUUUACUAUGAAUUCCAAAGGAAACACUUCAUCUUUCAGUUGCUAGCAAAAAGAAUGGACCCUGAGCUGAAGUGAGAUGGCCUCGGAAAGGAUGCAGACUCCUUCGAGCAGCUCCAGACAGAGCAGCUCACUCUCGUCAUCACCGAUGAGUACCCGUAUGCAGUCCCUGCAGGUGGACUCGGUCCAGCGGUGGAUGGAGGACCUUCGCCACAUGACGGAGGUGGAGUGUAUGUGUGUCCUCCAGGCCAAACCCAUUGGGGUGGUGGAAGACGCCCAGCAAGGCGAGCUGAUAGUGACCUCUGGGAUUGGGGCUGGGGACCACGUGGCUAGGAACAAUUUGCAGACACUGCUACGGCGUGCACUGGUGGUCAGCACUGAGCUGGGAAAGAUGUUCCAACGGCUGGAGAAAGGCCGCUGGCAGAGAGUCCACAGCACGGCUGUACGGGCCGACUGUCACGUUCGUUCACUGGUUCACGGGUACAGUGCCGCCCGGAGCACUCCGCCUGAGAUGCAGAAGUAUGAAAAAUCACUGCUGGAAAAGUGCAUGGAGCUGACUAACAUCACCGAGAGGUGCCUUCACACUAACGAUGAAUUCUUCCUUAAAUCCAUGAGGGAGGCGAUCCAUGAGAUUCUCACCGACGUCAGUGACUCAUUCAGCAACAUGAUCGACAUGGCUUUAGCCAAUGAGAUCCGGGUCCUGAUCAAACAGAUUGAGUCAUCAGACUGUGUUCAUGCCAUCGGCAGCGCCAUUAGCAACCUGCUGUCCCUAACCCAGGAUGGACCUCAGCUCUGCAGCAUCAUUGCCAAGGAAGGUGCUGUGGUGGCUCUGUUUAAGAUCUGCCGACAGGACCGCUUCCGAGACCUCUACGCUCACUCUCUGAGAACAGUAGCCUCCAUCUGCUGCGUGGAGGACGGCAUCAGCCAACUGGACAAGGUUGAUGGGAUUCUGUGUUUGGCCGACAUCCUGACUGAUGAGAGCAGCGUGGAAGCGGCCAGAGCCGAGGCAGCGGCUGUUGUGGCCCAGAUCACUUCACCUCACCACACGUCCACACAGCAUCUCGCCAGCUUCCUGGAGAGCAUGCAUGACAUAGUCACCGCCCUCAUCAAGCUAUGCGAGAGCGCCUCCUGUGGUGAAGUGUUUCUCCUGGCCUCGGCAGCCUUGGCCAACAUCACUUUCUUUGAUAGCAUGGCCUGUGAGAUUCUGCUGCAGCUGAACGCUAUCCACAUCCUGCUGCAGGCCUGCAUCGACCGUCAGAGAGUCGACACGCCCUACUCAAAAGACCAGGUGGUGACGAUUUUGGCAAACCUUUCUGUCUUAGAACCAUGUGUUCCUGAAGUCCUGCAGGAACAAGGAGUAGAGAGACUAUUGCUGCUUCUGGGAGAAAAGCCCUCCUCUCCAAAUCCAUCAGAGGGUGCCGCUUGUGAGCGAGUCCAGCAGAAGGCUGCUGUCACACUGGCCCGCCUGAGCCGAGACCCUGAUGUGGCCCAAACAGCCAUCCAGCUAAAAGCUGUUCCUCGUCUCAUUGAACUGUGUCGCUCCCCUACUGAGAGAAAUAACAGUGACUCUGUUCUGGUCGCCUGUCUGGCCGCUCUGAGGAGGCUGGCAGCAGGCUGUCCAGACAGCAUCGAGGCCGCCGACUACCAGCAGCUGAUCAAACCGCGGUUAGUCGAUUCCUUCCUGCUGUGCUCCAACAUGGAAGAGAGCUUCGUAUGAUGACCCCAACACAGAGAUGAACUCUUAUCAGUGCAUCUGGACUGAAAUGCUGCAUCCGAUUUAUGAUUUAGUUUUCUGUGUCAUGUCCAAAGAAAAGUUGAACCGAUGAUUCCACAGAAAAUCAACAUUGAAGUAAUCUCUGGUCAUUUUAAAGUACUAUUCUAUCAGUUAUUUAUCCAAGAAACAAUGACAUAAGUGAAAGUGGGUGGAGUCUCUAGAAAUAGUCCUGUGGCUAUUGCAUUUCUACAGACAGUUACAUUAGAGGCUAAUUUCAUACCAAUGCUUAAAAAGGUUAUGUUGUUUUUUUUAAACCCACAUGAUUUAGCAUGAGGCUGCUUAUUGGUUCACAAUGUUUGAUACCUGGGCUACCACAAUAAGCUAAGCUGCUGGAAGUGUGCUGCCGUUGAUGUAACUUUGCCUAAUUGUAUUAUGUGGUUCAUGCAAAGUCCUCAGUGCCUUAAUCACUCAUUUUUACUCUGGUUUAUGAAAACUAGGAGAGAACUGGAGAUAUGAGGCAGAUCAGAUGUUGUAACACAUACGUUUGGAUUUUUCUGCAUGGGAGUGUGCAGUGUGGAUCGGGUGGCAGACCGAGGAGGGAGCCUUGGCGGUCUGAUCCCCGGACAAGGAAACUGGUUUUUGGGACAAGGAACGUCACCUCGCUGGCGGGGAAGGAGCAGGAGCUUGUGGCAGAGGUUGAGCGGUACCGCUAGAUAUAGUCAGACUCACCUCGACACAUAGCAUUGGCUCUGGAACCCAAGUCCUUGAGAGGGGGUAGACACUCUCCUUUGUUGGAGUUGCUCCGGAUGAGAGGCGGAGGGCUGGGGUUGGUUUUUGUUAGCCCCAAGACUCUCUGCCUGUGUGUUGGGGUUUACCCCGGGGAUGAGAAGGUAGCUUCCCUGCGCCUUCGAGUCGGGGAACGGGUCCUGACUGUUGUUUGUGCUUAUGGGCCAACUGUCAGUUCAGAGUACCCACCCUUUUUGGAGUCCCUGGGAAGACUGCUAGAUAGUGCUCCAUCAGGGGACUCCAUUGUCCUACUGGGGGACUUGAAUGCUCACAUGGGCAAUGACAGCAUGGCCUGGAGGGGUGUGAUUGGGAGGAAUGUCUAUGGCGUCAGAAUUCCGCCAUAUUCCGUAUUGUCCACAUCGCGCGUACGAACGGGACUCGCGCGUGGAAGUUAGAACCUCCUCGAGUGAAGAUAUACAUGGCGAGGAGGUCAUUUGUACACUGAGAGGGAGCAAACUGUGUCUGUGAGCGCACAAGGAUGUGCACAAGUGACAAACCUGCGUGCGCGCGUUGGCCAACGAGCACACAGCAGAGGAAAACAUGCGCGCGGCAGCCUCACUGCGCAUGUGGCGGCCUUUCUGCGCGCUCGGUUCUGAUUCUGCUCACUCAGCUGAUGGGAGUUUUGGCACCCUGGAGGCGUGGAAGAAUUAAAGUGCCAGAAAUUGAGCGCUUGAACUUUCAAUUUGAGAGCAGAAUUUCAUCAAGAGACCAACUUUUUAAUUUCAGAAUAAGAUUUUAUAUUAUUGCUCUCAAAACUUGUAAUGGUUGCGCUCAAAAUGUCUGCUCUCUUUCAAAUUCACUCUGUUCUCCUUCAAAUCUUUGUUUCUGCGCUCAGAUUUAACCUUCUUACACCGGUAUUGUCUUCUCACGUGAAAACUUUUUCUCUGCAUGGAUCAAAACUCCUCCCACAAGUCUGUCCCCUGCUCUCACGGAUUUCAUCUGCUCUCUCUCAAAACUUGGGAAGUACAAUCUCCUAGCAACUGCUCAGCCAAUAGAAAGACUUGUGGGACUGGGUGGGAACAAACCUCUUUGGGGUGCGCUCGUUUUGACACUCUGUGGAUUUUCCUGUGUGGCUGCAGCAUCUGCGCACAGCCUGGCUAAUACCCGCCCUGAUCUGGAGCGGGAGUUUCACCUGCACCAGCAAAAUGGACCAGAACCAGCAAGACGCUCAAGUAAGUUAUUUUUCAAGGCUACUAGCUGCAGUUUAUUCCAUAAAAUUGUUUUGUUGUGCUACUUUUUACGACUCCUCGCAUUUAAUAUUGCAACAGGGGUACAGCUAGGUGGAUUAGGGUCCUACAUGGAAUAAAAUGUCCGGUGUUUCAUCCAGGAGCUGGGAUUGAGUUAUGAGGGGCGAGAUAUCUGUCAGAUAGCAUGACAAAUGGUUCCAAAUACCAGGAAUUAGUCACUGAUUGGACUACCAAUCAGAAUUGCUUUGGUCAGAUUCUAGACUAAGCCCACUUCUAGUUGAGUUCUGGCUGUAGACACAUAAGUGAUUUAACAUUUCUUACACCACACCAGACCACUGUGCAUUUAUUGUUCUUCACUAUUAAAGUUUACAAUUGCAUUCGAACACUAUUAAAUACUUUUGACAGAACUGUUCAUUGCAUAGUACAAAGAGGUAUGACACAUUUCAGCAUUUUCUUUUAAUUUUGCAUUCCUAAACUGACAUUUCACAUUCAAUGUCAGAUUGUUCAUUUGCUCCUUCACUGAAAUUUAAAAAUGCCUUUUAUUUAAAUAGAUUUACUAUGAUUGUAUACAAUGCUUUAAAUAAAGCCAUUUUUCAGGUCAGAGUUUAUUAUGUCAAUGUGUAUGUUUAUGACAAGCUGUUAAUCUGGAUUUGUCCAAGGCCAGAUGUUCUACUGUGCUAGUGUGUUGGAUUUUUGGUGGGAAAAGAAAUUUUAUGAAAAAAAAAGUCAUGUUUGGGUGUAGAUUUUUGACCCACGACAUGUAGAAUCACCGAGGGAGACAGAAAGUAAGUAAAAUAAUGUUAUUUAUUUUGCUUGGUUGAGGUGAAUGUGGAGAUCCGGGGAUUGGAGGCUUCGAUAGGUUCUGAAGAGAAAACAGGCGUGAGUAUCUUAAAGUUAAUAGUAAACGAAGCCAAGGGAGAGGAGGCUUACGGUUUCAUGGAUGUUUUGGAGCUUAAGAGGAGGGCAAGUCUGGUCUGGCUGAGCGGGAUGGUCGAGAGACAGAGACAGAGACUGGAGGCUGAGCACGGAAGACUUGGAGUCCAGGUUUUUCCGGACAGGCAGGUGAGUGGUGGAGAGCAGGUGGUCAGAGGCAAGCGAUGUGGCUGAAAGGCAGGGUUGAUACAAGGAGUAUUGUAGAAGGGUGUUCUUUGGCUGACGAGGAGAAUCUGGGUAGGUCGGGAGAAUAGGGCAGAUUAAUACGAGGAUAGCAAAAUACAGGAAACAAAAAGAAUCUUUAGGCAGACAAGAGCACAGGCUAGAAACUACCCAAUACUGAGUAAUCAUCCAGCACUGGUGAGUUGUCACAGUGCUCCUUAAAUCCCUUGACCAUUGAUGAGAAUGAUCUGCAACAGCUGCUCUCCGGGACACGCCCACCUGCACAAAAGAAAGGCUCAGAUCCAACACAGAGGUUAACUCAGCACAGGCCAUGACAAAAAAUCAAAAAUGCUUUUUAAGUACAGGUUCUUGAUAAAGGUGCAUAAAGUAAGAAUGACAUCCUGUGGUCUAAUGUGGGUAUUGCAACCCAUGUGUCAAAGCAUCAAAUUAUCCUUUCAAAGCACUGCAAAGUUUUAAUUUGAAACUUUUUGUACACCUUGAUCUUGGAGGAAACAGAGGGAAAGAAGUAUUCUAGGUUUUAUGUGCAAAACUUGAGCUCUGUGUUGUUAUGUCUUUGAUCCCCCCCCCCCCCCCCCCUUAGGACUUCCUCUCCUUGGAGAGGGUCCUCACGCCUUUUCUUUUUCACCUACGGGCACUAAUGCGGAGCCUGGACUUGUUACACUGCAACCAAGCGUGGAGACAAUUGAACUUCUUUGUGUGUGUGUGUGUGUGUGUGUGUGUGUGUGUGUGUGUGACUGUGUUCAGAGGCUUUUUUGAUAGAAUAUACUCCUGCCUGGCUUUGUUGAUAAGCAAUGAAAAAUUCAUCAACGCAGAGAAGGACUAAACAGACAGCCUAAAAACACAGGUUCCUUUGAUAUUGUUGUGGUUUGACCAUGAGACCAAGCAUUGUAGCUUAGAGUUUUACUCAGUUUCUGAACUUUCACUUUCCUCCCUUUUCCAUCAUUUUCCAUAGGGCUGUAUGUUUUAUUCUCGACCUCAACAAUAACGGAAAGAAGAAAAAGUUUCUAUACGAUGAUUAAGUGAUAUAUUUUGGUAAAGCCAAGCCCCCACAGUGCGGCUCUAAAAUUGGUCCCAACCCGGAAGAACCAUAAAUUGCAGUUCCACCCUCAUCCACUAGGGGCUGGUGUCAGAAGCGAGCGAAUCCUCAUUGACUCCCAUGUUAAAAAUACCAAUUUCACAGCAGAAAUAAACAUGUUUACAGCCUGGUACCAGAACAUGUUUUUGGUUUAAAUGAUCUAGUUUACACUCAUGACAACUCUGAGGGGGGUGAAUUUUUUUCUCACUCUUCUGUUUAAGUGUAUUAAAAGCCUAAAAUUCUGUAUAAUUAAUGAGCAUCAGACCCACGUGACCACAGAGCUAGCUCCGUGGAAAGGCCUCAGUAGAGCCUCGGUCUGGCUUGAAAACUGUUUCGGGAUUUUGAGUCUCUCUGUUUGGGUAUUCUGUUUUGGAUAUUAUUGGUGCAAUUGUUGGACAAAAUGACUUGCUGUGGCAUUAUUUGCAUUAAUAGAGCGUCCAAGGAGUCUCCACUUCAUUUUUUUUUUUCGGUAAGUUAAAGUAUAUGUGUGUAUUUUAAGUCACUGCCGCCUUUAAACUAGCUGAGUUUAUCGAUGUAGCUAGCUAACUAUCAUUUUAACAUGUAGCAUGUACUGUUUAACCAUGAAAUUUAUAUGUAAAAUACGGUACAAUAAUUAAUAGGGCAUAUGUCGUUGGGUACAAGGGUAAAACCCAGUGCAUUUAAAAUAAAAAUGGGUUGAAAUAUGACGGAGCUCUUGGAGGGACACUUCUGUGUUCCAUUCUUCCACUCGGUUCUCCCCGGCGAUCUUACCGAUGCGGCGCCUACUAGCUGCUCUCGGACGGGGCUGACCACUCGUGGAGCUCUCGGACGGGGCUGACCGCUCGUGGAGCUCUCGGACGGGGCUGACCGCUCGUGGAGCUCUCGCACGGGGCUGACCGCUCGUGGAGCUCUCAGACUCGUAGAGAGACCUGACCGCAGAUAUACUGCAGCUCAAUUCCCUACCUAAAUGCAAAGUUUGAGAGACGUGGUUUACUUAGGUCUGCACUGCCUUCGGGCUAAUUUGUCAAGUUCACAAAAUGUGGAACGGGAUGUAAGGUUAGAAUCAGCGGCGAAUCGGAACAUAUCUCGAAGCCCUGGCCGACAAAACGGUCCACAUGACUAUUACUGUCAGGCUCGGAGAAAAUUCGGGUUGCUUUUGUGUCAGUCGGUAAUUCUGCAACAGUGACUAAUUAACGCAGCACUAGUUGACAGACAGCAUUACAGCGUGAAAUCCAGCACAGCGUGACCCGGUUCUGUAAGUAAUUCUGUCUUCAGGAGGUCGCAUUUCAGGCUCUUCACAUCAUAUGUGACUGACUUUUACGUUAGAAUAACGAUCACACACUAGGAAUGUUACAAAGCGCCUAUAUAGGACAGUUUAUUUUGUAUAUUAUCUGACUUUAUAAACUCCAACAACAAUGUGCUUCUAUUUUUUUUCAGGCUAAAUCUACCCAUUGGCUGUCAGACUGAUUUACUAGUCUGCAAGAAUGCACUUGUCCAGGCUGACGUGAAGCCUUACCCGUAGCAAAGCCACCCAGUUUAGAGCUCCCAGCUGCUGUGUGUCUUGUGACACAAGGACCAUGACAGAAAUUCAUCUUCCAGAAAGUGUGGCUCAUCAUUUAGCCAGAUUUCUAAGUUCCUGGGUGCCUUCAAUGUGCAGGGACUGUCCAAACAGACAUUCUGUCAAAGCUGUUAAUUCCAACAGUGAGCUGGCAGUGGCAUCUAGAGCAAGCUGAUAUCAUCCAGGAGGCUUCUGAAUCUGGACUUGUGACUCUUGGUGGUGACAUGCGAGCUGAUUCACCUGGACACUCAGCCAAAUAUGGCAGCUACACCAUGAUGGAUCUCAAAAGAAACAAAGUUAUUGAUAUCCAACUCGUACAGAGCACUGAAGUUGGAAAUAGUGUGCGAAUGGAGAAGGAAGGAUUUGUGCGAAGUCUGAGUGCACUUUUGGAGAGGGGGGUCGAUGUGCAGCAAGUUGUGACUGACCGCCACACAUGGGUGCAGAAAUAUUUGCGGGAGGAAAAAAAGGAAAUCAGUCACUACUUUGACCCCUGGCACAUGGGAAAAGGUAAUCUUUGGGGAUGUAUUACAGGAUUUUUUUUCUAUUUUAAAUGUGGGUCUAUUUGGCUCUCCAUGAAUUGGUAAGAAAAUCGAAGAGCUGGGGAAGAGAAAGACGACCCAGGAUGUGAGACUGUGGAAGCAAAGUGUUGUGAACCACCUCUACUGGUCAGCAUCCCUCUUUAUUCCAGAUUGGUUCAGCAUUUAAAUGCUAAUGUGGCGACAUGUCACAGAGUGGUAAUGUUGUUCUUAUGUUAUGCUUUAUAUUGCAUGUUUUCUAAUUGAUUAGGUGCUUUUAGGUUGAUUUUUAACUGUUUGGGUGUUUUUAGUGAUUGCUGCAACAUUGCAUCCCAUCUGUGUUAAUCCUCCCCAAUUACCCACACCUGGGAGCAGGGUGUGGACUGGACUGGCAAACAAUGAACAGAGGCAGGGCGGGAGGUGAACGGGCGGAGGGUUUUGUUUAUUUAAGGGAGCGGACGUGGAGACCCGGAAACGUGAGGGGAAAGGAAAAUACUCGGCUGGAGCCAGACGGACACCGCGAGCUCCGCAAGGACUAGAAGGAGAUCCACCGGCGGCACGGACAGCAGCAGCGGCGGCAAGAGAAGCAGCAGCAACAGCGGAGAGAGAGAUCCGCGGCCGGAGACGCCAGCGCACAGAGGGCAACACGGCAGGCGGGCAGAGUUACUCUGCCCCCGUGCGGUCUGCAUCCUACCUCGGCCGGAUUCGUCGGCCGGUUACGUCACAGCGCCGCGACUAGGCCUGUCCCAAUUCGAAGACUCCUUCAAAUGCGGUCGACGAAUGCGGCCUUCUUUUCGCCUGAAUGAAGGAUGGGUCGGGUGUAUCCUUCAACAGGUAGCAUUUCCCAAGAUGCCUUGCGGGCCGGCCGGCAGAAAAACUUACAACAAUGGCGGACAGUGAAGCGGGAGCUGCUGGAGAAGAUAGCACGUAUAAAUGGACUAAAGACAAAACCCAAGAAUUCAUAAAGCUUCGAGUGGAGAUGGACCACAUGUUCACCGGAGCAAAGCAUUCGGCGUCUGUGGCAUGGAGGAGUAUUCUGGAGAAAAUGUCCAUCCAGGGGAAGGUGACCCCCAUCCAGGCCAAAAAAAAAUGGGAUAAUUUAAAGAAAAAAUACAAAGAUUGCAAGUAUCCAGGGUCAGGAGAGGGGGUUAGUGGGAAGCCCACUGCUGCUAUUUGGCCCUGGUUUGACCUCAUGGAUGAGUUAUUAGGACAGAGACCCUCUAUCAGUCCGCCUGUCCUAAUUGCUUCUAUCCGUGAGGACACUCCAGGGCCAAGUACAGCAGUGGAGGAAAGGGAGGAGAGUGAGGAUGAAGAGGGUCAGCCAGGAGGAAGUUAGCAGGGUGCAAGAAAAAGGAGAAGGGACAGCGAUGACCAGCUUUUGGAGCUCAUCAGAGAAGACAUGAGGCUGCAGAGGGAGGACAUGAGGCUGCAGAGGGAAGCAGAGCAGCAGAGGGCACAGGAGAGAAGGGAGACUUUUGGGAAGCUUUUUAGUCUGCUUGAAAAAAUGGUAAGUAAAGAUUAACCGUAUUUAACAAAUGUUAUAAUCUAAAUAAAAUCAGUUCUUAAACUC